CAACAUCCUCAUCAGUAUUUAACAACUACAACCAGACUAAACAUCAAACUUCACCAUUCGAAUUCACCAAUAUCUAUUCCCAACAGUAAUUCACAUCAUUAAAAAUGGUCGCAAUCAACACAAUCAAGAAGUCGAACCAAACAACCCUCCCCCAAUCACUCCCCCAGAAUCUCACAGCGGUUUUCCUCGGCGCCACAUCCGGUAUUGGUCGCAGCACAAUCAAGCAGCUCGCCAUCGCUACCGAUAACAAAUCGCCAACAAUUUACAUCGUUGGUCGAAGUACUUCAGCUGCUACACCACUUAUCGCAGAACUCCGACAGAGCAACCCAUCAGCCACAAUUGAGUUCAUUGAGCGAGAUGUUUCCCUUGUCAAGGAAGCCGAUGCUGCUAUGAAGGAGAUUGCGAAGCGGGAGACUAAAAUUGACAUUUUGUUCAUGUCUGUUGGAUUCAUGUCAUUUGAAGGGAGAAAAGAAACCAAGGAAAAGCUCGAACCAUCUUUGACAACCCGCUUCUACAGCCGUGUCCGAGCCAUCGAAGUCCUCCUCCCUCUUCUCAACCGCAGCGAAAACCCUCACGUCACCAGCAUCCUUGCAGGAGGCCAAGAAGGUCCUCUAAUCGAAGAUGACCUCGACCUCGCCAAGCCCGGCAACUUUGGUGUCGCUUCUGCAGCCCAACAAGCUGCUACCAUGCUCACUCUCGUCCUCGAGCGCUUUGCCAAAGAGAACCCCAAAAUCAGCUUUGUGCACGCAUUUCCCGGGCUGACUGCUACACCACUUCUCUCUCGUGGUUCAAGCGGUAUCAUCGGGUUUCUGCUUCAAUGGAUUGUUACACCUCUUGGAGGGUUGUUCUUUGCUAGUCCUGAUGAUGUUGGCGCUCGAGCAUUGUUCUACGCGACUAAUGCGAGAUACACUAUUGAGGAAACUGAGGAAGCGGCGACACCUAUUCCUGAAGGACUAAGCAAGGCGACUCGAUCUGCUGGUGGUGUCUUUUUGGUUGAUAACAAGAGUGAAGCUGCGGAUAAUGAGAAGGUCUUGGUUGGAUUGAGAGAAAAGAUGGCUGAUAAGGUUUGGGCUCAUGUGGAUUUAGUGUUUGAGAGAGUGCUCUAGGAAUAGUCGAUAGAGGUUUGUGACAGAAGAAGUAUAAUUAAGGAGCAAGGGAGUUGGGAUCAUCUUGAGGGCGCAAUUUAAUUGGAUUUUAUCUACUUAGCAAUAAUAACAGUACUGACUUUAAAAAC